GGUGUCUAACCAUUCCAGACCUAAGAUGGCGGACCGGCGGCGAAGGAGGAGGCGCGCGUCCCAGGACAGCGAGGACGACGACGAUGAGUCCGGCUCGGGUUCGGACAGUGGUGGGUCCGGGUCCCCGACCACCAAGAGCCGCGUGAAGGACCCGGACCCACCAGAGGAGACCGCGACCCGGGUCGAGCCCAAAGUCAAGGCCGAGUCGGAGUGUGAGAGUGAAGAUGGCGUCGGAGAAGCCGUCCUCUCCGACUACGACAGCGCCGAUCCAGAGGACAACGGGUCCCAUUCAGAGGGAGCAGAGGAGGAAGAGGAGGCGGAGCAAUACAGUGAUGAAGAAGCUCCAGCAGCAGCCGGCGAGCCUGAACCUCCUGCAGCCGACGACCCAACGAAGGUAGAGGAGGUGCAGGAGGAGCAGCAGCAGCAGCAGCAGGAGGAGGAGGAGGAGGAACAGGUGGUGGAGGAGGAGGGAGAGAAGGAGGCGCAGGGGGAGGAAGGAGGAGGCAGUAAAGAGGAGAACAAGGCCCAGGAGAAAGAGAACCUGUCUGGAGAGAGACAGAGUGGAGACGGACAGGAGUCUACAGACGACCCUGAGACCAAGGUGGGGGGGAAACCGGGUCAGAAGCUGGAUGACGACGAGGACCGGAAGAACCCGGCUUACAUCCCGAGGAAGGGUCUGUUCUUUGAGCACGACGUCAGAGGCCACGCCCAGGAGGAGGAGAGACCUAAAGGCCGAAACAGGAAGCUGUGGAAGGACGAGGGUCGCUGGGACCACGACAAGUUCCGUGAGGAAGAGCAGGCGCCGAAGAGCCGAGAGGAGCUCAUCGCCAUCUACGGCUACGACAUCCGGAACGGAGGCGGCUCCGCAGAGCGGCCGUACCGCCUGCGCCGGCCCAGACAAAGUACGUCUCCCAGCAGAGACCAGCGCUGGAGAGACGGGGGGGAGCGUCCGGUCCGGUCCUGGCAGGGGGGAGGGGGAGGAGGAGGAGGAGGAGGAGGAGGAGGAGGAGGAGGAGGAGGAGGAGGAGGUCUAAACCGAGGAGGAGCUCCGCCGUCACACAGCCACCCCUCCUCUACGUCCCCCUCCUCCCUCCCACUCUCCUCCGCUCAGCGUAACAACAACCCCUCCAGGCCGCCGCCCCCACGCAGCCGCCCCCCCCACCACAACCAAAUGCACCUCUCGGCCCAGUACAGGAAUAACGAAUCGAACGCGCCCCAGAUGCACCCCAGAGAACGGCAGGGCCCCAAAUCUGACCCCUCGGGGGACCGGGGCGUGGUCAUCAGGGGGCGCGGGGGGGGCAGGGGCCCCUCCGUGGUCAUCGAGAACAUUACAGUCGGCCGCGGAGGCGUUCGGGAUCAGGACCCGAGUGUCGGAAUGCCGGCGGCGGCGCAACCGGGCGGGUACCAGUCCGCAUCGCCGAGACGACAGCAGCAGGACCAGCGGGGGGGCGGCGACAGAUCUUCGUCAGGAUUGGCCGUCACCUCCGACCCCUCCCUACAUUCGCCGACGGCCAAUCGGGAAGCUUCUCCUCCCGCCGAGCGGCCGGUGGAGCGCAAGUCGUACGCUCUGGCUCGCAGGACUCGAUCCCGGCCCGCAGACCUGGGCAGCAAGCAGGUGUCGGUGGAGGAGUCUGCCGCCUCCUCCUCCUCCCCCAGUGGGGUGGGGGGGAAGAGCUGGGCGGAAGAUGGGCCGAAUCAGGAGGGGGGAGGAGGAGGAGGAGGAGGGCGGCUGGAGGAGGAGGAGGAGGAGAACCACGACGUGGCUCGACUCAGUCUGGCGGGACAGAGCUGGAGUCCGAGUCCAGCGUCCUACUUCCGGUCUGAGAUGAGAGGCCUCCCCGGCACCAUGCACCUCCCUGGCAGUCCGCCUCAGUUCCCCAACAUGGAGGAGAUGGGCGUCGGCUCCAGUCGGGCCAAACGCUACUCGUCCCAACGCCAGAGGGCGGUGCCGGAGCCGGCGCCGCCCAUCCACCUCGGGGUGAUGGAGGGACACUACUACGAGCCCAUGUCCUAUCAGGGACCAAUCUACGGAGAUGGUCCCGCCCCCAUCCCACCGCAAGGCAUGCUGGUCCAGCCUGAGAUGCACCUGCCCCACCCCGGUCUCCAUCCCCACCAAUCGGGGGGCCCGAUCACUAGCCCCGCCCUCUACGGAGGCCCGCCAGUUUCUCUGUCUCCGGGGCAACCGCAGCAGCUGCUGCCGCCCCCGCCUUUCUACCCCCCGCCGGGGGUCAUGACCUUCCCAUACCCGACCAUGUACCCGACUCCACAGGGUCAGGCCCAGGUGACCUACGGGGGGGUCACGUACUACGACACCAUGCAGCAGCAGGCUCAGCCCAAACCCUCGCCCCCCCGACGCACCUCCCAGCCUGUCACCGUCAAGCCCCCCCCUCCGGAGGUGCACUUCGUCUCAGAGUGACCCCGCCCCCUUCCCCCCUCCUCCCCCCUCCUCCCAGACUCAGCCUGAACCAACGCCAACAGGAGCGGGACGGGAGGAGCACCGCUGUCCAGCGAGGGACAGACAGACGGGUGGACGGACAGACGGGUGGACAGACAGACGGGUGGACAGACAGACGGGUGGACAGACAGACGGGUGGACAGACAGACGGGUGGACGGACAGACAGACGGGUGGACGGACAGACAGACGGGUGACUCACAGCAUCACUGGUGGAACUCCUCCCUCCUUGUUCUGGAGGCCACGCCUCCCGAGUCGGGCUCUCUGCGGCCGCAGGUUCGAUCCCCAACAACGUGUCUUUGAACCCGGAUGCGUACAGAAGCAUUUAGCGUCUCUCUGUCCUUCUCACGAGAAACGAGACGUUCAUUUGUCUCAUCUUUUAUUUUAAAGAUUAAAAAAAGAAACCCAUUCUUCAGUCGGAUGUUUGUGUGUAAAUAGUUUGACUGCAGCUGAACUGGUGCUUCCUGGAAAACCUCCCUUUAGGGCUUUAUUCCCUCCAUGCAGACAGACAGGCAGAGAGGGAGAGACAGGCAGACAGAUUCCUCGUCCUCGGUUAAUCUUAAUUAGAUUUUCAUCUUUUAACUAAUUGCAACGUUUUUCAGUAAAAACAAACAAUAUCUGACAUUAAAGCGGUAAAUAAAUAAAUGCGACAUUUCUAGGAAUAGUAAAACUUUUAUAUUCUGAUAUUAUUAAAUGCUAAAGUUACAAGAAACGGAAAAAGCGUUAGCUGUUAGCUGCUAUCGUCAGCUGCUAAUGUUAGUUGCUACCGUUAGCUCAUAGCAUUAGCCAAUAGCUAAUGUUAGUUGCUAGCGUUAGCCUUUAGCUGCUGGUUUUAGCCUUUAGCUGCUAUCGUUAGCUGCUAGCUGUUAGCUGCUAGCAAGGUCCAGACCGACUGAACAAAAGAAAGACGUCAAACAGAUCAGACCUUUAAAACAUAUUAUAAUGUCUGGUGAUUCAUAACGAUGAGAAGAUUUUCUUUAAAUAAUUGGUGGAAUCAGAGCUUCCAUAUUGAUUGAGAUUAAUCUAAUUAAUUAUAUAUAUGGACAGUUUUAUUUUUAUUUUUUGGGGAUGUGUGUUAAUCUGAUAAAGAUAAAAUAAACUUUGUUUGUUGUUUUCUUCUUGGCCACAAGAGGCUGAAGUGAACCAACGUUUGACAUAUUAAAACAGUCAUGUUGCAUAACCUGCUAACACGUUGUUGUUGUUGUUAUUUACCUUUUGAGAAGUAAAAACAUGCUUUCACACCCUUUCCUUCAUUUGUCCCUGCGGGCCUCCGUAGUCGGCUCCUUCAGCUCUCCUGUAAAUAGAUGAAAUACAGGAAACGCAUUCUAAUAAGUGUUAAAACGCUGGAUUUGUUAUCUUUAAUGUUUCAUUUUCAUACUUUUAGUUUAGUUGUUGAACGCAGGAGAGAAGAGACCACUUCCUGUCUGAGGGUUUGUUUGUUUUCACAGAAAAUCACUUUAUGACACAAACUAUAUUAAAAUGUAUUUUUCACUUAUUUUACAGUUCAAUGAAGUUAUUAGAAUCUAUAACUAAAUAUUUCUGUUCACAGCGCCAGAGACUGCAGAUUAUUUUAUAAUCGAUGACAGAUUCAUGAAAACAAAGUUCAAACACCUGAAAGUAUUUAGUGGCAUUUGAGAUAUUUGGAGCUGAAGGUUUAAUUCAUAAAGUAUUAAAGGUCAAAUACAUAAACUAUAACUCCAGGUAGAGGAGGAUAGAGAGAAAACACGAGGAGUUCAUGAGUUUAAAGUCGUGGAUUUAACAUUUAAAAGCCUAAUUUGUUUUGUUUUAUAUAAAUGUGUGACUUUAAUCUCAGAACAUUUCUGAGAUUUUUCACGUAAAUUUCUAACUUCAUACUUUCAUAACAUUCAAAUAUUUCUGUAAAUUGGUUUGUUUUUUUGUCUAAAUUUACGACUUUAAUCCCGUAAAUUCAUUUUUUUCCCUCUGUAUUUUUCCCUUCAUUUGUCCUCUGAGGUCAAAGGUCAGUUUGUUCCAGAGCUUUGUUUCCCUUUUUUUAUCUUGCGAUGUGCUGAAGCGUUUUGGGGGCGGGGCUAGUGGCGGUGCGCUCCCAUUGGAUCACUUUGUUUUGAUUAUUUUACGUGAUACGUUGGAAACAUUUAAACUUUCUUCUUUUCACGUCUCAUAUCUGGACUGUUUCAAUGUUACCAUGACGACGAUGGGGGUUUCUGUUUGUAUGUGGAGAACGUUGUCGUCCACAUAGGAUCAAUAAAGAACAUGAUAACAAUAA